AUAUUUGCCUCAAAUAUUUCUCUGUGUGUCUGUGUAAUCGUUUGGAUCAAUAUAUUCUUGGAAAAUUCUUCAUUUGUAACCUCAUAUUUGAUUUGAAAAAUAACCUUUGAUUUGAACAACAACAACAACAUCAAAAAAAUGUCAAGUCCUGUUAGUCCAGGAAUCAGUCAUUCCAGUUUAAACAACAAUGUUAAUCAAUCAACAAAUAAAAAAAUUCCAAUAAACAAAGUGACAGUCGGAACAGCUAAAGGGCCUAAUAUAAAAAAUGUUAAAUCAAAAAUUGGUUCAUUGAAUAAUGUUCAUCAUAAACCUGCUGGAGGCGAAAAAAAGAUUGAAACACAAAAAUUAAAAUGGGAAACAAAAUCACGAAUCGGUUCGUUGGAUAAUGCACAGCAUAAACCUCAUGGUGGAAAUGUUCGUGUAAUUACACAGAAAUUGGAUUGGAAUGUACGAUCGAAAAUUGGUUCAUUGGAUAAUGUGAAACAUGUACCAGGUGGUGGUAAUGUAAAGAUUUUUGAUGAAAAAUAUUCAAAUUCAAUACGAUCAGGCGAAACAACACCAUCGGCAACAAGCUCAACAACAACAACACCACAAAUCAAUAAUAACAACAACAAUAAUAAUCCAAUCGAUAAAAUUUUUGUGCAACAAAAAACAAUUAACAAAUUGAUUGGAAAUAGAUCGAUUCAUUGA